AUGUUGAAAAAUGCUAUGCAAGCGGUUAAAAAUACGGUAUGUCAGGUUCGGGGAGUUAGACUAACCUUUUCCACCGAUUUUCCAAAACUUCAGCGCAAAAUUCACCAUAUUCAUCUAACUUGCAGGCAUCUCGUGCUCGUUCACGUAGUACCAGUCGCGACACCAAAACCCUCAAAGACAUCAUCGUUCAAUCGACUCCAUCUGCUCGAGAAACUGCAAAAACUGUCAAGAAUACGGUAGAUACAGUAGCGCAAACACUUGAAAAUGAAACGGCAAUCAAAAAUCAAUAA